AGGGAUAUUGGGUAAUGGAGCGUUAUUUGUUACGGUAUGUAUAUUUUUUUAGUGGUUGUGUUUCCCAAUUCACGGGUCAGAGGAUGCGGGUUGCCAAAAUUAUACUGUGGAUAGUUGAGUUAGUGAAAGCAGGACUCCUCAACGGACCAAAUAAAUGAAAUGUUCCCGAUGGCCAAGGCAGUCGGCGGCAGGAAGGAUGGUGUGACGCAGCCUCCCGCACCCUUCGCCACCCUUGCCUCCAUGGGUGAUGGCCUCCAGCUGUCACCCGCUGCUGUAAGUGUCAUGGUGGAAGGCCGUGUGGAGCCCUAUGAACUGGUGGAGCUCUUUUAUGGGAGUGGCAGUGGCACCCCUACCUCCCCGCCCAGCCACGUCCCACAGGUGUCGCCCCAGCACUCCACAGGCACCUCCUCCCCGGAAGUCAUGCAGGUGAUACACCCGAGGAUUGACAUGGAAAGGGCUGUCCUGGGGCCAUACACGUGUGGGGUCUGUGGCCGAGCCUUCAGAGAGGCAAGUCACUACACCAAGCACAAGCGUGGCGCCCUAUGCCGCAAGCUGGCCCAGCGGAUGGCCAAGAAGAACAAGAAAAAGAAGGCUGGCAAGCAGGACUGGCCCGACCGUGUCCGACAGACGACACCCCGGAAACCGUACGAGUGUACUGUAUGCGGCGCCAAAUUCUGUGACCGUGGCAACGUGGAGCUUCAUCUGGAGCGGCGGCACCACACCCGCCAGAAGUUGUGGGUCAUGGCGGUGCAGGGCGGUGGCUGCUGUCCGGAGUGUGAGCGUUGGUUCCCCAACAGAAGUGAGCUGGAGCACCACCAGAGGCAGCACCACCCCUCCUACCUGAGACCUGUACAGCCCAUCACCACUGCCGCCACUGUCACCACCACCACUGCCCCUGGUGUGGUGUACUACCCUGACCCCCUCCAGCAGGUGACCUCUUACCCUGCUCAGGCCCCACCUCCAGGACCUCACCUUGCCCCUCAGCCUCCUCCUCCCCCUCCCCCACCACCUCCCCAACCUCCAGCCACAGCUCACAUGCAUGCUAGUAUGGCCACAACACUCUUACAUCCUCCCCAGCUGGGCCCCCCUCCCUCACUCAUUCCAGUGAGUUCUUCCCCCACCCUGCCUCCCCCAGCCCCUGCCCAUCCCCCCAUGGCUACUCUGCCAGCACCAGAAGUGGGGGAGGCAGCCACCAAGGCCUCGCGAAGCAGCCGUGCGGUACGUCCAGGCUCUGCCAAGUGGAACAUGUGUGGGGACUGUGGCCACCGCUUCGUGGACCCCAUCAACCUUGAGCUUCAUUUGCAGCGGCGCCACCCUGCCUCCCGCCUGCUGGACACCAUCACCAUUGCAGGCAACACCAUGCUGUACCGCACCGACCACACUCGUCCAGACCUGAAUGCCGUGGCAAUGACAUCUCGAAAUAGCCUGCCCAGCAACCAGACGUAUGAGUGCCUGCUGUGUGGCUUCAGGGCCACUGUACACAGCCUAGUCACAAACCACCUCCAGAGUGUCCAUGGCACUGCCAACUCUAACUUGAUUCAUGUCACAGAGACCCCUGAACCCACACGCAAGGCAGUGCGGGGCAGCCAGGCCCGGCAGAGUACCAAGGACCACAAGGAGAGACACGUGUGUGAGGCCUGUGGGGAGGUGUUUCCCGUGAGGGUGGAGCUGAUCAGGCACCGGGUGAAGGAGAAGAAGUACAGGUGUGGGGUGUGCUGUCUGGCAUCUUGUAGCCAAGAACAGGUCUCAGCCCACAUGGCCGCCCAGCACCCCGGCACACCUGCCAACACCACGGGCCUGGCUUGCUGGCUGUGUGGCACAUUGGUCUACUCUGCUGCCACUCUGGAUGAGCAUCUGAAGAGCCACGGAGUCCUGAGGACUGAGUGUGUGGAGUGCAGAGAGUGUCGGGCCGGGUUGUCAGACCUUCUGUCUCACCUCAGGACCCACCUGCCCCUGCAACCCUCCAGGGUCCGCCUCUCUCUGUCUCAGACCGGCCAGCCAACAACAACUCAGGAGGUGGAAGUGGCACUGGAUGGCUCUGUGUACAGCACCUCCACUCAGGAUGCAGCCUCUGGGGGGGAAGCCCCAACAGCCUGGGCAGCUGUAGCUUAUGCCUGCAGUGAGUGUGGGGCAUGCCUGGCUGGGGCAGCACAGCUUGAGGCUCAUCUCCAGAUACAUCAAACCAGCCAAGCCCCUCACCCAGCCACUUCCAACCACUCCAAUACCACCACCACUACCACUGUUGCUGCUGCUAUUGCAGCCACCACCCAGGCCACAUCCUGCCUGGCGGGGGCAGGAGUGUCCCGUGUGCCAGGAUCCCUGGAGUUCCGGUGCGAGGAGUGUGGGUUCUGGCGCCAGGAUGGGGAACCAGUGAUGAAGCACAUCCAGGCAGUGCACAUGUCUGGCAACAUGCUGCACUCUGUCAGGCUUCCCUCAGGCCUCCUACAGGUUCACCCAAUUCAGGUCGUGACCCCCAUCAGCACCCUGGCCUCACAGUGACCCCAACCACACCUUGCCCAGGGGGAUGGUUUUUACUUCCUCUUGAAGACUUUGUUAUGCACUUGUUAGUAACUUGAGGUGCCCCUGACAGUAAGACACACAGUGUCUGUACUGCCUUAGUGUUCUUCCCCAGCAGGUCCUGGGUGGGUGCACUCCACUUGAAGAAAAUGUUCUGUGCUGUAAAAUGAUGACCUGGAAAAAGGAUCUGUGUAUGAAAAUGAUUCUUGAGAGCUGAGUAGCAAGCAGAAAUGUGUGUGUGUGUGUGUGUGUGUGUGUGUGUGUGUGUGUGUGUGUGUGUGUGUGUGUGUGUGUGUGUGUUUGUGUGUAAUUCACCACAGUCGUCUGCCAGUCUUCGCCAUUACCGAUCGAGCUCAGAGCUUAUAGUCUGAUCUUCGGGUAGGACUGAGACCACAACACACUCCACACACCGGGAAAGCGAGGCCACAACCCCUCGAGUUACAUCCCGUACCUAUUUACUGCUAGGUGAAUAGGGUCUACACAUUAAGAGGCUUGCCCUUUUGCGUGUGUGUGUGUGUGUGCAUAUGUGUGUGUGUGCGUUUGUGUGUGUGUGCUUGACAGACAGUAGUAGCAUCUUUAUAAAACACAUGUCACAUUUUUAAAGUGUUUUUAAGCCUUGUGCUGGAACUCAAUACGGGUAAAAUCAGCUGGAAAACGGGGAAGUGUAAGGCCGCUUUCACAUCAAGGUGGCAUGUCGCAUGUGGCAAGUGGCAAGCCACGUGGCGUGCCUCGUGAAAAUGAACAUCUGAAAACAUAUGAAGCCUUUCACAUUGAAGUGGCGUGGCACGUUGCAUGUGCCACGUGCGACAUGCCACGCCACUCGGGAAUCGGACUUGCCCGUUAUUUUUUAAUGUGCAACGUGCCACUGCGGACUAUGAUGCCAAAUUUUAAUGGAACUUUCACUUCAAAACUUAUUAUUGGACAAUGUACUAUUACUUUUUUUAUUAUUUUAAUAACAAUAUACAAUAAUAAGAAAACUCUUGGAUGUAUGGCACAUGUGACAACACUGCCUAUGAGAGGGACACGUAGCUGUGUAGGACACAGUUGUCUUUUUGUUGUCAGUUGUCUUUCAUGUGUGCUCACGUGCACAACUACGAAUGUGUCUCUUCCAGACAAAGAACUAUUUAAUAUAAAAUACCAGAUAGCAAAAAUUUCUUUCCACAUUUGGUACAAAAGCUGGAACUUCUCUUCAUUGAGCUUUAGUUGCUUUGCAACUACAUUAAAACUUUUUUAAGAUACAGAUGUAUCCAGAAUUUUUCUUUUUCUUCUUCUACAGGCAACUAUAGUACCAAUCAAAGCAACAAUAAUCUCCUCAUCUGAUCAUGCCAUCUUGCACACUGUAAAAUGUGAAGUGAACUGCUACCCUGAGACACAUGGCGACGUGCUACCUUGGUCUGAGAUCACCGUUCCCCUCGUCACUUGCCACUUGCCACCUGCCAUUUGCCAUGUGCAACAUGCCACCUUGAUGUGAAAGUAGCCUAAGUGUGUGUGUAUGUGUGUGUGUGUGUGAGUGAGAGAGGAGUGAAUAACAAGCAAUCCUACCUCACCUUCCAGGAUGAUAGGCACUGUAUUGUUGCACUGGGUUUAGAUAGAUUGAUUUGUUAAGUAAUACAUGUACACUGUAAAUCAGCUUACACACACACACACAUAUACUGAUAUCACAUUGAAAAUCACUACCAGUUUUUUACUUCCCAUACCUUCUUUUGCUGGCUGGAAUCUUGCAUCACACACAACACUAACAUGCAACAGAAUGAACCAUCACUAGUGGCAGCCCAGCACUGGCAGGGUGAAGGGUGCAGCUCAGCUCUUGUGACCUUAGGGAGGCAAGUUGGAGGCAGUUGUGUGGAGGAUAAGGUGGAAUGCACAUAACACCAGUUCUUACUUGUUACAUUAGCAGGAGUGUACAGUGUUGAUUGCUAAGUUACAUGGUAUAUAGAGUUAAGGUUUUCCCACCUUGUUCAGGUAUCAGGAUAGAGUUGAGUGGCAACUGCCAGAUGGAUCUGUAUGGAGGGUCAUGAAUCUCACAAAGUGUUUUUGAUCAUUUUGAAAGUGUUGUAUGUGAAGGGUGGUGAGGUGGGGUGUGUGAGCCUCUGUCACCUGAAUCUUGUUGAGCAGUUCUUAAACUAGAGUUGCUUGUAUACAUGUACUCCCAGAUGACUGUAAAUAUUACUUUUGGAUCAUGACUGCAUUGCAUGUAAUAUGUAUAUAGGUAUGUACAAAAUGUAUGCAAGCACACAGGCCCACAUGGAAAUCUCUUAUGUAGAAUCAUGCAUUUUGUAAUUUUGGUCCUUUCCUAUGUGAGGUGCAACACACAGUGGCAGGCAACUGUCUUUUAUUCCUUCUAAGUAAAAACAAGCAUUCCAGACACACCACUACAGCACUGCACUGACACAAAGGAACCAGUGCAAAGGUGAUCAAGCCUGAAGUUUUGGGGUGUAUUUUUGCCUUGUUUGUCCAGCUAAUGCCAUGCAUUGGAAUUACAGAUGAUGAUGAUGAUGUUUAGAUAAUGUUAUAAAGCUGAGAGAGAGAGAGAGAGAGAGAGAGAGAGAGAGAAAACUACUUAAUCACAUUUCAUUUCCUAAUUGUUCAAAGUAAUGUGAAGAUCUGUGUUGAACUGUAGAAGCACAUUAUGUAGUUUUUAUUGAGCUUUGUAAAUAGAUAGCAAGGGCUCUGUGUGUGUGUGUGUGAGAGAGAGAGAGAAAAGAGAGAGAUUCACACACCCAAGGGCAUUGUUUUGUCAAAUGUUAAACACUUUGUAAAGUUCCAACAUGAAAUGGUUGUAAAAGUUUUCAUAUUUU